GGGGGGAACCGGUCACGUGGCGGGGGCUGGCUGGGUGAAUGUGCCGGGCGGGCUUGGCUGUAUCGCCUGGGCCUGAGGAAGGUGAAGGGAGGAGAGCGAGGCUGGAGCGCAAGGGGGCCGCCUUGUAGUUGGGGGGCAGCCGGCCAGAGGCAAAGCGGGCAGCUGGGGCUCGGGGCGGAAGCGACGGGGCUCCUUGAGUCAGGGCCUUCCUGGGGAGGUUCUCUUUUUUUUAAUUUUGAAAAAGGAAAAAGGAUCCCCCUUCAGGCGGAGGGUUCCUGGCUGUGAUUUUGAGAGCGUCAGGCUGGGCCUAGAGUUAUCUGAGCUCUGACGAAACAAGGGCCCCAAUUGACGGAACCGGGGAAGGGAGGCCGAAAAGGUUGGAAAAGGCUGCGGAGGAAGUUUGCGACCCCCAAAAGCGGGGGCGGUAGAUCUGGGCUGGUGGGCUUUUGUUUUUUUAAAAAAGCAAAGACUACCGGGAAGCAAAGCUGUUAGCAAAGGUUGCGGGGUGGGUGGGAGUCGCCUCGAGUGUGGGGGUGUAAGCAAGGGAAAAAGCUUUUUUUGCUGCUCGUAAGGAAGAAAGCUUCUGUUACGGUUGUAGGGAGGUGCCGCGUUUGGGGCUGGAUCCUUGGGUUGGUUGGUUUUUCAGCCGAGAAGCGCUAACUGGGGUGGGUGGGGUACCGUAGGGCAGACAGACAGCUAAAACGGAAAACGAGGGGGCAACUUCCUCCCGAAGUUUUAUACAGGUGUUUGUAUACAGCGUAGGGUGUUGAAGCCUAAGUUGCAGAGGUGGGAAAGAGUGUAGGUACAAAUAGAAGUAGUUUCCUUUGGUCCUUUAAGCUGCUGUAGCAUUUCAGAAGUUGGGGAGCUCUGCGGCGUACCUGGCAACUUUCUCUGCCACCGAGGUGACUUUUGCCGCUACAAGAGAGCUUUCGGGCACAGGCUACUAAUUUGCAGUGCAGGGAAACAGAGGAAGAGUAGAGUCACUGGGCACGCUGUGGUGUUUUGCUUGAAAAGGAGGCUGAGAGCAAGACUGUAGUCGGGACUCUGGGGUUUAAAAAAAAGGACCUUCCACAUCCUCGAAGCUCUAUUGCUGUUGAGAUCUGCAUCACACACAGUCAGAGGCCAUGCAGAAGGAGGAGCUGGGAAUGGAUGAAAAUCGCAAUCCAGAGGAGGAGCUGCGUCUCCUCGGUGGAAAGAAGGAAAAAUGCCACAACCUCAGCAACCGCAUCCGGACAGGUAACUUAAACUGCAUCCAGUAUUCUAUCUUCGAAGUCACUUUUACGAAGUCACCUCUGGUCCUCCAGAAGAUGUUGGACUCCAACUCCCAUGAACACUAAGCCAGCAUGACCAUUGGUCAGGGAUGAUGAAAGUUGUAGCCUAGCAACAUCUGGAGAGCCACAAGUUCCCCAGCCCUUCACCAUCGCCAACUCAAGACUGGCUACUAAAAACCCAGCUUCUUGAGCACCCAGAGCUUUGGUGUUGGUGCUUAGCAUUUUGAAAUAUUUCCUUUAGUUCCCAAAGACCUCAGCUGAUCCUUUCCCUUAUCAAUCCAUUCACACACACCCCAAACUCCUUCAUGCAUCUGUUAUCCAUUUAGUCCAAAACUAAACUGAACUCCUGGGACAAGCAUGCUUUUUUCACCACUAGAACGCAUCCUUAUUUCAAUCUCCUUUACCUCAGCCCUAUAGUGUCUACCUGAUUUGUGGAGCUGUGAACCCCCAUCCCCCAAGCUAAGUUUCCUGCUCCCCCCACCCCCAAAAAAAAUAUUCGGACAGCCCAUGUUGGGAAUCCUACCCUAAACCAUCAGCUGCUGCAUCUCCACAGAAUCAUGCAGACCUGCCCCUUACCUGGUAAAUCUCAACUUACUGGAUCACACUCCCUUCCCAGAGUUUCAGUUUCCUUUUCCUUACUGGGGUGGGUCCUAUUUGGUUAUUAAUUCAGUGGCUCUGGUUUGAUUAACUGCCUUUUGUAACAUGCAUCUAAGUUCUAGCUAUCCUUAAUGCAUCUAAAUGUUGAAAAUAAAACCUUCUUUCUGUCACGCAGGGGGUGGAGCAGAGCUGGGCUACAGGCCAAGCCAGGUCUCCAGAGAAGGUGUGUUGUACUGAACUGGGAUUGGGCUUUCCCCUUUUCCUUUCUGUCAUGCUUUUUCUGCAUGUUUUUCUGUUCCAGAGGUGGCUGCACCUCAGUGCUGGGUGAGAUACAUUCAUCCUGAGAACCUAGAGCCCUGAAUGCCCACCCUCUAUGCUCCCCAUCUUCUCUUCCCUGUUGAAAAGAUGUGGAGAAGAAGUGAUUACAGUAUCUGCCACCGUGCUUCUUUACUAGAUACCCAUUUGGAAAAAGUAGCAUGUUCUUCAUAUCCUUUUCCUCCUCCUGUUACACUCCUGGGGUAUACUUAGGAGAGGAAUGAAGGCCUACAGAUGGGGAAACAAUGACUCUUUAAUUCUCUGGGCAGCAAAGCCAGAGCUCAGUGGCUUACAGGAUGGGAUCCUAGAAUUAUUGGGAAAGGCUUUGAGGAAACUGAAAUUGGUUAGGGCUUGAGAGAAGGGAUCUCAUAGGUUUGAGUUCUUCAGCAUAAACACCUCUGGUUACGUCCCAUCCCCCUUUUGCUCAUCACAAUGUAGAGAAGCUUGGAAACCUGAAGACAGAAUGUUUUGAAUGCUAAAUAACCAGAAAAGCGGGGAGUGGGCUAAACCAACCUCAGAAGUGGUAUUUUCAUAUGAUCUUCUGAUGUUGCUGAACUACAACUUCCAUCAGCCCCUGUCAGUAUGGCCAUAAAGAUGCAAAAUGUGGUUCAGCAGUUUCUGGAGGGCAAAAGGUUCCUUGUACUUGUCUUAGAGUUUAUAAUUCAUUAAUAAAUAUCAGAAGACAGAAGAGGAACCCCCCCCCCCCCAAUUUUAUUGACUAAAGAUCACAGUUUUGGAAUUGACUGAGUUAGCAGCAUGGACAGGGGUUUUGAAAUUACUUAAUUGAUGUGAAGAUUUUAGCCACCUGCACACCCCAGAUAAACGACCUCAAAGGUAUUUUAACCCCAUGGGCAUCUUCUGCCUUAUCUAUGACCUGUUGACCCCAAAUUGAGAGAGGUGAAUGUGUCUGCAUUCCAGAGAAAUGAAAGCCAGAAAUAUGUUCAAAUAUUUGGGUGUCAUAUUUAAGCACCUUUUAAUCCCCCAACUUUCUUACCAAAUCCCCAAACACUAACUGAGCAGUCUUUGGUAUUUUGGGAGGGUCGGAAUGAACUGCGCUGAGGCACCAUUUUUGUUGAUAGUGCACUUGACAAGAGUUAACAUAAGCUCCCCACCUGCCAAAAUAAAAAAUGGGGUUGCUGCUCUGAGGUGCUUACAUUCUAGGUGUGUGAGGUGACAAAGGGACGUGAGACAGGCAUGGUCUUCACCCUUUCUCUUCUUCCUCUUCAGGUGCCUGGGAGUCCAACGGGUAUACUGCUCCCUCUGAGAUAGCUGACGAACCCAGUGUUCCCCUGAGCCCUUCCAACAGCCUCAACAUCCGCAAUCUCCAGUUGUCUGAGCGGGACCCUCCUGUUGUCCACCAUCCCCACCGCUACCCUCAUCGCUUUUACCAUGCCCGCCCCUUCCAUGCUACAGCAUACCGCAAGACCUACCGAGGCAGCCCCUCAGACCGCAAGGAAUGGGGACCUAGCACAAACGGCCAUCACUGUGCUCCUGAGAGCAUCUCCAACGGGCGGUGGCAGCACCGGCGCCGCGGCUAUUCCGACCCACCCUCCCCGUCGUCGUCUCCCGAAUCCGAACGAGGCAGCACCGUCAAAGCCAGUGAGAAGCCUGCCGCCACAUCUAAUGCCGCCAACACAGCCAACGAGGAUUCCGGGAAGGAAACAUGGUCGCUCUUCCGGCCACUUCCCGCUUUCCCUGUCGAUAGCAGCAGUGCCCGGAUCAUCCCCAAGAUCUCUUAUGCCAGCAAGCUGAAAGAGAACCUGGAUCAACCGGGGAAAGCCUGCCAUGUUCCUGCCUCAGCCGUCCGCACCACCAAUAGCCUCCCCAACUGUGUCUUGGCGCCACCCCCAAGUAGCCCCCCGCCGUCUGACAGCAGUCGGCGACAGCACCUGGGAGCCAUCUUUCAGAAUGAGUGGGGCCUCUCCUUUAUCAACGAGCCGGGGGCUGGGCAUGGAGGGGGUGGCGGGACGGCACCAGACGUGGAUGAACGAGAUGCAGAUGCUGGAGCAUCCUGGGAGAAAAUGGAAGUUAGCGACUGGCAGGCUGCAAAAAAUUACCAUCUGGAUGGUAAGGUGCUGGAAGGAGCCCAGUCAUUGGGCAUGAGGGAAAGGGAGGAGAACCAAAGCAUGUGUGUUGAGGCUUGGGAGCUGUCCCAUAGGUAGCUGAACAUAGUCAGGAGAGAAGGGAUGGAGGACACAAGGAAAUGCUUCAUUUGGAAAGCUAGGGAUCUUUGUGAAGAUGGUGAGUGAAGGGGCAGUCACACAGCACAAAGACGUUUGCAGUUCAUGAAAGUGGAGAGGUGUUGGGUAGUAUUGGCCCUCAGAAGAAAUAAAGGACAAUCUUUUCACUGCUCUGAGGUUGAAUUCUAUUAUAGUUUACAUUUGCUCCACAAACUAGGGCAUGAAUUAUUUGGGUAGAAGAUGAUCAAACAGCCUGUCCCUACCUUUUCUGAUUACUUUAUCCGCUAUUGUUUUUAGAAGGCUAAAGAGAGGCCCUGGUUGGGCUAAAGAGGUAGUUAUAGAUAGAUAUCAUUUAGCUUCCUCAUAAUUUUAAGCAUUGCUCCAGAUAGCACAGAUUCUCACAUCCAGUUUUAUGCAGCUUGGGGAAAGGUUUGGAUGGGCAUAUGACCUUCAGUGCACUGAGACCCCAACUUUUCUCAGUGUGGCUGAACUUUCGGGGCAUCGUCUUGAGAAGUCAGCAGCUUCAGCCGUGCUGGAGGGUCUUAGGGCACUGGGGCUUAUUUACAAACAGUGCUUGGCUUCUUCUAAUUUCCCUUUUCCCCCUUCUAAUACAGAGUGGAGACAUAUAUGGGAGCUACACAGUCAAGGUAAGCAAAUGGGCCUAAAUCAGUGGCUUCAUAAAUAUGACCUUUGGGGCUCAACAGUGGGCUGGAUAGCUUCAUGUUAAAGGGGGUAUGAAGAUUUGCAGUAAUGUACAACAAUGUGAAGUGGAGGGGAGCAGAUGUUGGACAGGGAUGUGACUCUAAGAACCGUGGGUGUGUAAUUCAUACUUUCCAAUCUUUGCCAUAUAUUCAGUUGCGUCUCCCUCUCUACUGUACCACACAUGCAAAAAACAAACAAAAACCCACAAAUUUAAUCUGACCACUCAUAUUUUGAAAAAAUCCAGCCUUUUGUGAGGAUUGCUUUCAGAAGCUGAGGGGCACUGAUUCUACAUUUUAAUACUGUGUCUUUUCGUGGUUUGCUUUUUAAUGUUGUGCCCUAGGUGUGUUUGAGUGCAUGUGCUCCAUAGCUUUGAAGCCCUAACUGGUAGGAGGUGCUGGCUGUUGAUCAUCUAACACAAGCUUAAAAUUACACUUUGAAAAUGCUUCUGACCCCACAUCAUUGCCUGGAGAACUCGAGACAGUGACACUGAAGACAAGUGCCACUGCCAACCUAGGCCCAUGAGCCAGGCAGCCAGGCAAGUUUUCUAUUCAUGUAGUAGCAGGCAGGAGCAGGUAGAUGCUAGCUGAAAAACUGGGGUAAUUGGUUCUGUGCAGUACGGGGAAGUGAAUAAACUGGGCCUUAUGAAGUCGUGUGAUGGGAGAUAGGAAAGAGAAGUAGAGCUGCUGAAAUCCACAACUAUCUGAUGUUGGAUGUGGAGCUGCCUUAAACAAUUCAACCAAAUCACAAAAGAGCUGCAUAUGUGGGAGCAGAUUAAUGAAGGGUCUGUUCUGUGGCCUACCACUGAGAAUAGUAGGGGGGAGAGUGGGGUUUCGGGCAGGUGUGUGUGUGUGUAUACACAUUAUCUAUGGCACAUCUCCCUUCAAGACAUUGUUCCUGUUGCCAUCACUUUUUCUUUUUCCAUCUAGAUCCUAGCAGAGUGACGGUCUACACAGACACCUUCGAUGGGAAGGGUUAACUUCAAUAAUUCCCAGGGGAAGCACCGCUAAGACAUGAGGGGGGGCACAUGGGGAGAGGCAAGAUGCCCACCCCCACCCCCCUUGAAGACUGGAGAAGCCCAAGCGUCUUGAAAGGGGAAGCUCUGCCACCUGCCUACCUCCCUCCCUUUGCUGUUAUAGCUCAAAUUGUCUCAGUGGGGCUAACGCCUCACCUCUCUUUUUCUCUCUUGCUCUCUCUUUCUCUCUGAUUUAAUGCUCUGGUUUUUAAUUUCUUCACAUGGUUUUUAAUUUCUCUGGAUUCCCCUGAAAAUAAAGGCAAAAAAAGAAUUUAUUUAAAUUCA